AUGAAUAGCCCCAAUCCAGGUCGAAUAAGUGUGUAUGGUUCCCAAGAAGUUUCGCAUGCCGACAAAAAAGACGCUGAGGCGCUGAGAGGGCAUGUUCCGGGGUCGUGCGUGUUCUCUCUUAUUUCCGCCCGCGAGCUGAGACCGUGCGUGCGCAUAAGCAGCCUGCCAAACCUCCCAGGAAAAACGCUUUCCCUCAUGGAGAGGCUGGCCGUGGCAACUGCGUACAUGGAGAUGCGCACAGCCAAGCGACUUCAAGGGGUUUCCUCGGAUUUUUUCGUGGGCUCCGAAGCCCCCGCACAAGAAAAGUCUCUGGAGAAAGAAAAACCCGCUGAAAGAAAGUGCGCGGAAGCCCCCGUGCAGAAGGCAGCACCCGCAGAGCACACGGUAAUUGAGGGGGCAGUGCUUGAAAGUGGAAAGCAGGAGGCUGGGCCAAGGCCUGUCGAAGAAGAGCUUUCUCCUGCAGAACGUCUUGGGCAUAAUGUACAGGUGCUUUGCUGCGCUGCUGCUAUCCUGGGGUUUAUCGUGUGCUUUUCCAACUUAUUCCAGACUGGAGCAGUAGCACCCAAAUUCCAGAAAAUCCGCAUGAAUAGCAGUCCCUCAGCACAAAACCAAUAG